UCCCUCCUGACAAUGGAGCCAGGACCUCUGGUGCUAAGAGCCAGCACUGAAUUUAGCAAAGUGAGGAAAAGAAUUUAGCUGUUAUAUCAUGGAUGCAAGCAAAAGAGUGGAGCCACCCGUGUCUUCGCAAACACUACAGCAGCGAGCCAACCCAGACCGCAGCCUCGCCACCACCAUCUACGUGCCCGAGCAAGGGGGCUACCAGGAGAAGUUCCUGAAGCAUGUGGAAGAGAAGUACAAGUGUGAAAAGUGUCGGCUCGUCCUGUGCAACCCCCGGCAGACAGAAUGUGGACACCGCUUCUGUGAGACGUGUAUGAAUUCGCUGCUAAGCUCCUCAAGUCUGCAAUGCACAGCAUGUGAAGAAGUAAUCAUUAAAGACAAGGUGUUUAAGGAUAACUGUUGUCGGCGGGAAGUGUUGGCCCUUCAGAUGUACUGCAGGAAUGAUAAUCGAGGCUGCAAGGAGCAGAUCACACUAGGAAAUCUACUGAUCCACUUAAAAAGCGACUGCCAGUUUGAAGAACUUCCGUGCCCGCGUGCGGAGUGCAAGGAGAAGGUUUUUCGCAAGGACCUGAGCGAGCACAUAGAGAAGAUAUGCAAGUACCGCGAGACGCCAUGUCAGUACUGCAAAAACCAGGUCCCGCUAGCAGAAAUGCAGACACACGAAGAGAUGGAUUGCCCGUCUGUCGUCGUUUCCUGCCCUCAUAAAUGUAGCGUAAAAAGCUUAUUGAGAAGCGAGAUGAAUGCUCACUUAUUGGAAUGUGUGAACGCCCCCAGUACGUGCAGUUUUAAACGUUACGGCUGCAACUUUAAGGGAACAAACCAGCAGAUCAAAACACAUGAAGCCAGUUCAGCUGUUCAGCAUGUCAACCUAAUGAAAGAGUGGAGCAGUUUUCUGGAGAGUAAGGUGUCCAUGUUACAGAAUGAAAGUUCAGAAAAGAACAAAAGUAUUCAGAUACUCCACAAACAGAUGUGUAACUUUGAAGUAGAGAUCGAGAGACAUAAAGAGAUGCUGCGAAAUAAUGAAGCCAAAAUCCACCAACUGCACAGAGUUAUCGAAGGCCAAGCAGAUAAGCUGAAGGACUUGGAUAUGGAAAUCCGGGGCUUGCGUCAGACUGGGGAAGAUGCAGAUAAUAUAAAGACCUCUCUGGAGUCACUACAGACCCGUUUGACUCAAUUGGAGACUAUAAGUAAGACUGCUGCUGCAUGGAAUCCUGGUGUCUUGGAGACCCAAAUUAACAGACACGACCAGAUGUUGAGCGUUCACGACAUCCGCCUGGCGGACAUGGACCUCCGGUUCCAGGUCCUGGAGACGGCAAGCUACAACGGCAUCUUGAUCUGGAAAAUCCGCGACUACAAGAGGCGGAAGCAGGAGGCCGUCAUGGGAAAGACAUUGUCACUGUACAGUCAGCCAUUCUACACAGGCUACUUCGGCUACAAGAUGUGCGCCAGGGUCUACCUGAACGGAGACGGCAUGGGGAAGAACACCCAUUUGUCGCUGUUCUUCGUCAUCAUGAGGGGAGAGUACGAUUCGCUGCUUCCUUGGCCGUUCAAGCAGAAAGUAAGUCUCAUGUUAAUGGACCAGGGACCGUCACGCCGCCACCUCGGCGACGCCUUCAAGCCGGACCCCAACAGCAGCAGCUUCAAAAAGCCCACCGGGGAAAUGAACAUUGCCUCUGGGUGCCCUGUAUUUGUCGCCCAGACCGUGCUAGAAAAUGGGACGUACAUAAAAGACGAUACCAUUUUUAUUAAAGUCAUAGUCGAUACAUCAGACUUGCCGGACCCUUGAUAGUAGGGAGCGCCAAGUGCUGUUUUUGGAAGGAAAGAGCAGCUUGGGGUUUUUGUACAAUCCAUAUCGAAAUCAAGAGGUCCCCAGACUUGGAAGCGGACCUGUUGGCGCUGGAACCGAAACCGGAAGGAACCAAGGACCCCAGUGGGG